AUGGUUUUCAAAGCAGGAGCAAAACUAUUGGGGAUAGUAAUAAAAGAGAAUAUAAGAGAAUGUUUGCGACCAAGAGAAUUGAAGCGUUACAAAAGUCAAGUUUAUGAAAACGUUGAAUAUGAUUUUAAAAGAUUUGAAAGAGAUUUGAUGGAUUUUUAUCCAGUUGAUCCUAUAAUACAUCUCAGAAGGUUUAACCGAGAAGUUAAUUCAUAUCUUCAAAUGAAUAAGGAGAGCAUUGAAAAUCUUAAGCAGAGAGUUGAAAGUGUUAGGCAAAAAACAGUAAGGAGUUUACAAGAAAAAGAAGGGGUAAAGAGAAAUGAGAUGGCGAGAAAUGAGGUAAAGGGAAAUAGGAUGGGUAUUGAUCAUAAUAGUCAUAGCAAAUUAAAUAAUAAUGAUGGUGAUACAAGUAAUACUGCUAGUACCACUGCUAGUACCACUGGUACCACCAUUACUACUAAGAAUAAUGAUAUAGUAUUUCAAUUUUUAAUUGAGGAUUCAAUUGUAUUUAAUAAUUUUGGGUCAAUGGGAAUAUACUUUAAUCAAGUUUUAAAGGAGGUUGGAGAAAGAUUAUAUUGUGAGAAUCAAAUUCAGUUUAAUGACUUCCCAUUAUUGAAACAUUUUGAUGUUAAUUUCGAAUAUUAUUGGAAGGAGAUUGAUUAUAAAUUGUUAUUGGAAAUAAUGGAACUAUUGGAGAUAACAAUUAAAGAGAGUGAAGAAAAAGUAUUUUCCAUAAAAAUGAAUGAAGAUGUGAGUACAAAUGUGAAUGAGAAUAAUGUUGUCCAAAUAUUUCGAGUUUUAGAUAUACUAAAGCAGGAUAUUUUUAGAAAUAUCUAUUCAAGGACAAGUAAGGUUAAUCCACUUGCAGUCUUUGAUCUACUUUAUAAAAAAGGUGAUGGUAGGUAUUGUACAAAAGUAAUGUCUAUGAACAGACCAUUUUGUGAGUAUUUAUUCAUUAAAGAGAUACACUAUAGAUUGCAAAGGGAGAUUUUUGGAAUUAGGGAAAUUAAUAAAAAAAUCAUCAAAGAAAUUAAUAAGAGCAAUAACAAAUGUGAAUUUGGAUUAUUGAUAAGUGAUUUUGGAGUUAAAUUCAAUGUGUAUAAUUUCAAGGAAUUAUUGAAAAGUCUAAUUAAAGUAGAUCCAUUAACUAAAUCAUUGUUUUUGAAAGUUGAUAAAAAAAACCCUGUGCUGACUUAUAAAAGAGCAUAUUAUAAAAAUAAAAUGUCUAUUAUACCAGAAAAGGAACAAGUUGUCAAUGUUUCUGAUCCGUUAUUUUUGAAAAAUUCGAAACUAGAUAUUAAAAAAGAAGCCACAAAGAUAAGGAACAAAAGUUUCAAAGAUUUUUUCAUCAAGAAAAAUGAUCAGGUUCAUUAUAUAAAAUAUGUUAUUAUUGAAAGAAACAGGAACAGCGAGGCAUUGAUUAAGAUUGCAAGAGAGUUGGGCUGCAAGUUGAUAGUGGUAAGCAAGAAAAGCUAUUCCUCAAUAGAAGGGGAGAUUGAAGCCUAUAAAACAUUCCAGCAGCUUGACCAGUUAAGCAAUGCAAAGGAAGUUGUGUUGAAUAUGUUGGAGCUCGACAAGCUUGUGGUGAAAGACCGGAAUGAGCUAUUGGAGCUCAUCCGGAUAUUGAGCGAAAACAUCUUGAGCAAAGUGCAAAAGGAGCCAGAAGGAUUUGAAGAGUUCCUUGAGCAGAUGACAUAGUCCUAUUGUUGUUUUGGCAGGCAUGUUCGGUGCAGAUCUGUGUACACUUGGCAAUAGAAACGUCAAACACAAACACCGAGACAUGCGUUCAUAACCGCAUCUGGCAGCAAGCGCACUGCAUUUCUGCGUGUAUGUAUGCAGUGCAGCGGAACCAGCGCGGCACUCGGCAGAUGGGUGGAAAUCAAGCAAGUCCGCGAGGGAGCGGUUUAUAAAUAGAAACGAAUGGAGCAGCUCAUUAGAAACGGUAAGAGGGACGGACCACAAAGAACACAAUAGGCGGCGGUACAAAAGAGCGGAGGGACGAG